CUUUCCAUCCUCACCUCACUCGCUCCUCCCUCCUCCUCCCUCCUUAAAUACACCCAACUUUCUCCCCUACCCACCCACCCACCAAUGAACUGAUACCCAAAAUCCAAGGCUCACCUAAAAAUGGCGCUCCAAACCCACAUCAGUCUUUCACACCUUCUCUUGAUCGCCUUUCUCCUCUCCGCCGCCGUUUCCGCCGCUUCCGCCGCCACUACAAUCUCACCAGGCUCAUCUCUCUCCGCCGCCAACCCAAACACCGCCUGGUCCUCCCCAAACGACACCUUCUCCCUCGGCUUCAUCUCCUCCGACCCCCCCACUUCACCGCCUUCUUACGUCGCCGCCAUCUCCUACUCCGGCGGCGUCCCCGUCUGGUCCACUGGUGCAGGAAAAGUAGUUGACUCCGGUGGAACCCUCCAGUUCCUCCAAUCCGGCACCCUUCGCCUCGUCAACGGCUCCGGUGCCACUCUCUGGGACUCCAACACCACCAGCCGCGGCGUCUCUUCGGCUGAGAUUGACGAUUCGGGCAACUUGGUACUCCGAAACGGCACUGUUACGGUCUGGUCCAGCUUCGACAACCCCACUGAUUCGAUCGUCCCCGGGCAGAACUUCACUGUGAGUAAGGUUUUGCGAUCUGGGUUGUACUCGUUUAAGCUUGUGAAAAACGGGAACCUUACACUUUUGUGGAAUGAUAUUAAUGUGUAUUGGAAUCAGGGAUUGAAUUCUUCUGUUAAUACGAAUUUGAGUUCGCCUACUCUAGGAUUGCGGUCAAUUGGUAUUCUGUCAAUUUCUGAUCCACAAUUGUCCACUGAUGCUAUUGUUGCUUAUAGUAGUGAUUAUGCCGAAGCGGGUGAUAUUUUGCGGUUUUUGAAGUUGGGGAGUGAUGGGAAUCUGAGGAUUUAUAGCUCUACUAGAGGUAGUGGGACUGUAACAGAGAGAUGGGCAGCUGUUACUGAUCAGUGUGAGGUUUUCGGGUAUUGUGGGGACAUGGGAGUUUGUAGUUAUAACGAUUCUGAUCCGGUAUGCGGAUGUAUGUCUCUUAAUUUUGAGCUUGUUGAUCCCAAGGAUAGCAGGAAAGGGUGUAAGAGGAAGAUGGAGAUUAAGGAUUGUCCUCAGAGUGUGACUAUGUUGGACUUGGAACAUACUCGGUUCUUGACGUACCCUCCUGAGACAGAGUCGCAGAUUUUCUUUGCGGGAAUAUCGGCUUGCAGGUUGAAUUGUCUUGGAAGUAGUGCUUGUGAUGCUUCAACGUCUUUGUCUGAUGGCACCGGGCUAUGUUACUCCAAGACACCAGGUUUUCUGAGCGGGUAUCACAGUCCAGCUAUGUCCAGUAGUUCAUAUAUCAAGGUAUGUGGACCAGUGGUUCCAAAUCCAUCAUCAUCACUGGGGACUGCUGGCAACAAAAAAGAUUGGAAGUUGCGUGCUUGGAUAGUGGUUGUUGUAGUUAUUGCCACCCUCUUUGGUUUGAUGGCAUUUGAAGGUGGUUUGUGGUGGUGGUUUUGCAGAAACAGUCGCAGCUUUGGUGGAUUGUCUGCUCAAUAUGCGCUUCUUGAGUAUGCUUCUGGUGCACCGGUUCAGUUCUCGUAUAAGGAGCUCCAACGCUCAACGAAGGGAUUCAAGGAGAAGCUUGGGGCAGGAGGAUUUGGGACUGUUUAUAAAGGCAUUCUUGCUAAUAGAACUGUUGUUGCAGUUAAGCAACUUGAGGGGAUUGAGCAAGGGGAGAAACAGUUCAGGAUGGAGGUUGCAACAAUUAGUAGCACACACCAUUUGAAUCUGGUGAGGCUGAGGUUUUGCUCUGAGGGGCGCCAUAGGCUUCUGGUAUAUGAGUUCAUGAAAAAUGGGUCCCUUGAUAGUUUCCUUUUUGCAACAGAAGAGCAAUCAGGAAAGUUGUUGAAUUGGGAGUCUCGGUUCAACGUUGCCCUCGGCACUGCAAGGGGGAUCACAUACCUUCAUGAGGAGUGCCGAGACUGCAUUGUGCAUUGUGAUAUAAAACCGGAGAACAUUCUGUUAGAUGAGAAUUACAAUGCCAAAGUGUCAGAUUUUGGCCUCGCAAAGCUCGUUAAUCCAAAGGACCAUAGGUAUCGAACCUUGACAAGUGUUAGAGGAACUAGAGGGUAUUUGGCACCAGAAUGGCUAGCAAAUCUUCCAAUAACUUCCAAAUCUGAUGUUUACAGUUACGGUAUGGUUUUGCUAGAGAUAGUGAGUGGGAGAAGGAAUUUUGAAGUUUCUGAGGCGACAAAUAGGAAGAAGUUGUCCUUAUGGGCUUUUGAGGAAUUUGAGAAGGGUAACAUCAAGGGAAUUGUCGAUAGAAGGUUAGUCGACCAAGAUGUUGAUAUGGAUCAAGUGAAGAGAGCAAUUCAGGUAACCUUCUGGUGCAUACAGGAACAACCAUCUCACAGGCCAAUGAUGGGAAAGGUUGUGCAGAUGCUGGAAGGAAUUACAGAAAUUGAAAACCCCCCAGACCCAAGGGCUGUCAUCGAAGGGUCUGCCAGUGGAACCAGCAUGACUGUGAGCGGUAAUAUCAGCCCUUUAUCCACUGCCGCAGACUCAGCCCCAGCUCCCUCCUCAUUUUCAUCGUUCCAAAUUUCGGGAGUAUCGCCUCUAACAUCAGGGAGGAAUACGGAGAAGGCAACUGCAUCCCUUAUACAGUCCGGCCCAAAUUGAAUCUCAUUUCCACACAUAUGUUUUCUUCUUGUAUUCCAGUUCUAUUUAUCCAAUUCAAUACAGUGAAACUAGGAAGUCAUUGUCUUACAUUAAUUAAGACAAUAUAUUUUUGUUAUGUUAUCGUGUAAAAAUUGUUUAUAAAUGAUAUUAUAUGAUGCUUUAAAGUAGAGCUUGCUAUUAGACUUGGGUCAAUUGUUUAAUAUAUCAAGUUCAUUGAAGAUUCA